CCCAUUAACCUCUGUAAUCUGUCUCUCUCUGUCUCUCUCUGUCUACUUGCCCCCACUUAACCCGGGACCAAAGGCAACAAAUAGCCAAACCAAACCCAGCAUUAUAGCACUAGUUAGCUCUCUCUCUGUAUAAUUAAUAUUAGAUAAGUAGUAGUGAGGCUGGAGAGUCAACAUCCUUGUUGGUCCUUCAGUCCUUGCUGGUACCAUUCUGUGUAAGCAAAGAAGAUGGGGGAAGAAAUGAAUGGGAUCGACACGGAGAGCUACGGAGAGAACGGCCACGAUAGGAUCGACUACGUGUUCAAGGUGGUGGUGAUCGGCGACUCUGCUGUGGGGAAGACCCAGCUGCUCUCCAGGUUCGCCAAGAACGAGUUCCGCUUCGACUCCAAGUCCACCAUCGGCGUCGAGUUCCAGACCAGAACCGUUUCCAUCGCCGGAAAAGUCAUCAAGGCCCAGAUCUGGGACACUGCCGGCCAAGAAAGAUACAGGGCAGUGACGAGCGCAUACUACCGAGGAGCACUAGGGGCCAUGCUGGUAUACGACAUCACCAAGAGGCAGAGCUUCGACCAUCUGGCCAAGUGGGUCGAGGAGCUCCGGGCCCACGCGAACCACUCCAUAGUGAUCAUGCUCAUCGGCAACAAGGCCGACCUCGCCGGGGACAUGAGGGCAGUCCCUAUGGAGAAUGCUGUGGACUUUGCGCAAGACCAAGGCCUCUUCUUCUCGGAGACCUCCGCGCUCAGUGGCGACAACGUGGACGCGGCAUUCCUGAGGCUACUGGAGGAGAUCUACGGCGUCAUUGCUAAGAGGAAAGCACUGGAAUGUGGCGGUGGGGAUCUAAUUGGGAACAAUCUUAAUGGUGUGAGUAAUGCUGCCUUGUAUUCAGGGUCGUCCAAGAAGAUCCAUAUUGUGCCUUCAGGCUCAGGAUGUGAUUUGGAAGAUGUCAGUGACUUGAAGAAACCAUCCGCCUGCUCCUGCUGAUUUGGGUAUCUUUGUAUGACGAGUCUGGAUCCUCGACUGGAGUUCUUCAAGUUCAGGCCGGAACCUGAAACCCCUAAAGGAAAGGUCAAAGGAGGAAAAGAACACCGCCUAGAGUCAAAAAAGAGAGCCCAGCUAAAGAAACCCUUUCGUCUCCCUUCAUGUUUGAUUUUAUCCAUAUUAUUCUACGCUUUCCUUUAAUGAAGUGGGGUACUAAAUUAGUUGGCGAAGAUGCUUUCCCUUCUACUGAGAUUUAGAGAUGCGAUGAUGAUCGUGUCUCGUAUAAAAAAAUAAAUCCCCAACCUGGGAAUCAUAUUUAAGUGUA